UUUCUGCUAUCUUCUCUCGAUAGAACUCUCGAACUCUUCUGUGCUGGGCGGUGUGCGGCGCUUUGAGUCUGUGCCCGGAGGCGCGAGAUGUUAAACGCUUUUGCGCGUUCCUUGCAGGUUGAACGGCGAGCGCGUUGUUGCCUUUGUGCGUCGACUUCCAAAAGCUGCGAGAGGAACGGGAGCCAGUCGCAGUGGCUGCCGCGUGGUGACGCGUUCUUCCCCGGUGUCUGUGGCGCCGUCAAAGAAAGCCUGAGAAGAGACAAGUCGGCGGAAGAAGCGAAUUUCCGACACCGCUCUCGGGUGUACGUACAGCUGAGCGAGCGGUGGGUCCACCUGCAUGCAGUUCUUCUUUUGGCGAGUCCGCGGCACUUUGUGGCAGGUCCAAGAGCGUUUCGCUGGCGCUUCUCACUGUCUCCGCAGACGCAAGUUGAGUUCUCCUUGCACUUGUUUCCCACAGGUUCCUUGUUGUUUCCUGUCGCCGCAUUCUCUCCCCUGUCUCUCUCCGGCUCUUUGGCAACAAAGACUCGAAGUCGACCCUCGAGCACUGCACCUGCGAUCCUUUUCACGUUUCGUCUUUAGAGACAAGAUGACAACGUCUUUGACUUCACGUCUCUCCUCAACGCUCUCCUCUCCCGCCUUCGGGAGUGAAGCCUUCCUCUUCAACAUGAAGCCUGUUGCCCCGCUGCUCGUCUGCGCGCGGACAGCUGCCUCUUCAACUCUCCUCCGCAACAGAUACCUGCCUCUUCGUGUCUCUCCCGUUUCCUCUGUCUCCUCUCUCUCUUCGUGUGCGAGCUCUGUGCCGCUCUUCUCGCAGCCACUGGCGCUCUCGGCUCGCUCCGCGGUCCGUGGAGGAGCAGACAAAACGCGCAGCUUUUCAACGGCUCAGGCGCAAGUCCAGAGUGACGCAGGAGAUGCGAAAGCUACCACGGUCCCCACUCUCUUUCAGUACACAGUGUGCCCCUACUGCACCGCCACACGCGCUGUCUUCGACUUCUUCGCUCUUCCGUACGAAGUCGUCGAGGUUCACCCCUUCAACAAGAAAGAAAUUCUCAACGAUCCUCGUCUGGACAAGACAUACAAAAAGGUCCCCAUUGCGCUUCUCGACGGAGAACAGGUGAAUGACUCGCGGGAGAUCAUUCGUCGUUUGUGCGCCAUGCACAAAUACACCUCACCGACGGCUGAGACAGGAACGGGGAAAAUGAGUCCUGGAGAGGAACGCGACAUCGACUGGGCGUACACGCAUUUUCUCCCCAUUCUCCCUGCCUGUCUCUAUUCCACGCUUUUUUCAAGCUGGAAGGCCUUCGACUCCAUCGCAGCACUGAGCAACUUCUCGCCUCUUGAACGCCUCAGCGUUCGCGUUGGCGGCCCGCUUCUGAUGUUCGCAGUUUCUCGCAUGCAGAAAAAGAAGCAAGGCAUCACCGACCCUGCUGAGGCCUUUGAAAACGCAUGCAGCGAGUGGAUGCAACGCGUGAGGAACUCCGGCGGCGCGCCUGGUCCUUUUCAUGGGGGAAGGAAUCCUGACAUUGCCGACGUCGUUGUCUACGGCUUGUUUCAGGCGCUCCGGAACGCCGAGGUGCUCCAGGCCGUGCGACACAAGAAUCCGGCGCUUAACGCAUGGCUCCUUGAAACUGGGAAAGCCAUAACGAGGCAGUAAAAAAAAACAGCAAAGAGAAACUUCUGUCGAAGGCAUCUUGCGUUCGCGUACACAAACCCUGCAUAUGCUCGAUCAGAAAUAUAUUCAUAAAUACAUACUAUAUAUAUAUACAUAUAUUUAUAUAUGGACAGCCGUAUAUAUAUAUAUAUAUAUAUAUAUAUAGGUGAUUAUGUAUAUCUACUUGGUUAGUGGUUUAUAUACACAGAUGCGUCUGUUGGGGGACCUAGAAUGUGAAGAGACGUUAACUGGGAUAUUCGAGACGCGAACUGAUUUCCAACUUAGUUUUCGUUUUUACUUCUGUUGAAACAGAGACCGUUGCUGCUCUUGGCUUCAAUCGACCCUCUCGGGGGUAGGUGGCGGUACCGUGUGAGCUGCAAAUCAACGACACAGCA